AUGGCAAAUCGAAAAGAAAUAACACCAUCUGAAAGUGUUGUACGUAUAUCUAUACCAUAUUUAACAAAUUUUAUUGUUAGUUUACCAUUCUUUGGUAUGGUUGCAAGUUUUAUAACAUCAGUUCUAUUUACUAAAGAACAAAUAUUCGAAUCUGAAUGUGGAUCUCGAAAUUUUAUUCCAUCAUUUUCAUCAGUAAUUGGUGUUUCACCUGGUAAAUAUAUAUGGCGUAUGGCAAUAGCAUUUCAUUGUUUUCCUCGAUUUUUAAUUGCAUCACUUUAUCAUAAUCAAUUUAAAACAAGUUUAUUAAAAUUAAAAUAUAAUUCUCAAUUAAAAUAUUUUAUAUUAAAACAAUUAAUAAGUUUAAAUACAUUUUUUGAAUUAUGUGAAGUUUUUGGUCUUAUAUUAUUAUCAUAUAUAUCAUCAAAAGAAAAUUAUAGUUUACAUGAAAAAGCAUUUAUUAUAUUUAUGUUAUCAUCAACAUUACGUAUGAUAACAUGUUUAAUUUUAUUUCGACAUUUAUUAUAUAAAUUAUUGUUAAAUAAUGAAAUUGAUGAAAAAAAUAAAAAAUUUCGUUUUCAAGCAUCAUAUCAAUGGAAAAUGCGUUUAUUUUGUUCAGCAUUUAUUUUUUCUCUUUUACUAAUUAUUGCAUAUAUAAGACAUACAAGUAAAUGUUCAAAUAAUAUAGGACAACCAUCAACAGCUUGGAGUUAUUUUUCUGCUUGUGAAUAUAUUAUUUGUUGUCUUAUUAUGGGUUAUCAUGCAACGGUUUGUUGGGAUUUUAAUCAUUUUGAAUUAACGAUUUAUAAUAAAACAACAGCAAAAUUAAAUUAUGGUUGUAUGAAGUCAGAAGAAGAAAUCGAAAAUGAACAAAAAGAAAUUUUAUCGAGAUGA